GGUAAAAACUAUGUGAAACCCAAGUAUUUCAAAAACAUGCUAAAGAAACCUUAUUUAAUUACUAUGAAUCUUGAAGCAGAAGAAAUCGAAGUAGAGAAAAAAGAUAAUGAAGAAAAUACUAUAAAAUUAGCAGAGCAAAAAGCAAUUUCAUAUGGAUAUACAAUACAUUGUUUAGAUGGGACUACACAAAAACCAGUAAUUAAUCGAGAAUCAGAAAAUAUAAUAAAAGACUUAAUGGAAAACCUUCAAGAAGAUCUAGAAAUAUGUGAAGAAAAAUUACAUGAAGCUGGAUAUAAUAAAAUUCGUGUAUUCGAUGCUAAAACCAAAAAAUAUUUGGGUGCUUUACAUAGAAAAUGUCACGGGAAAAAAUCAAUGAUUCAAGAUGAGGAAAAAAACAAAGUGAUAGAUCAUAAUCAUAUUACAGGAAAGUUUAGAGGUCCUGCUCAUAGUAGAUAUAAUAUAAAAUUACGAAUCAAUUCAGAAACAAUAAAAAUUCUGGUAUUAUUCUGUAAUGGAAGUGGCUACGAUUUUUAUCAUCUAAUGCAAGAAAUAGCAAAAGUGACGGAUGAAAAAAUAGUGCCUAUAGCAAAUAAUUCUGAGCAAUAUAUUAACUUUUCAGUUGGCCAGCUUCAAUUUAUUGAUAGAAUUUUUCCAUAUAAAUGGUUAAAUAAUAAAACAAAAUUUAAUGAGACACAGCUCCCACCAUGUAAAGAUUUUAAUAGUGAUUUAGAUGGGUUUAAUUACUGUGAUCAUAAUUGUAGAAUAAAAAAAUGUGAGCAUAGAGAGAAGAUAGGGAAAUGCAAAUAUAAUUGUCAGAAAUGUAAGCAUAAAAAGAACCAAAAAAUUUUAUUACUAAAAGAAAAAUCAAAUCGAGGAUGUUGUUUAGAAGUAAAGUUAUCGAUUCCAAAAGAAUUGCAUACCAAAUUUCGAGACUAUCCAAUAUGUCCAGAACGAAUGAAAGUACCAUAUGAUUGGUAUGGAUCAAAGCAAAAAGAAUGGAUAGGAAAACAAUGUCCCGAUACAGAAAAACUUCGAGUGAAUAUAGAUUUGGUUCGUCAGGUAGAUGAAGAACACAGACUACGAAGACUAAUUUCAGAUCCUGCAUUUGUUAGUAGGAAAAUCUUCUAUGGGGCGAACUUAGUAGCUGUACAUCAAAGGCAAACUAAUGUAAAACUAAAUAAGCCAGAAUAUAUAGGAUCAUGUAUUCUCGAUCUUUCUAAAUAUUAUAUGUAUGACUUUUGGUAUAGUUAUCUCAAAAAGAAAUAUGGGGAUAAAGUAAAACUCCUAUAUACUAAUACAGAUUCAUUAAUUAUAGAAAUUGAGACCGAAAAUAUUUAUCAAAACAUGAUAAACGAUUGUGAUUUAUUUGAUUUUAGUGAUUAUCCUGAAGAGUAUUGGGUGGUAAAAAAUUUUCCAGAAGAUCUAAUUACUGAAGAAGGUAAGCGUGUAUUAAAAAAUACUAAAGUAAUAGGUAAGUGGAAGGAUGAAAAUGGAGAAGAUAGAGCUAUCGGCUAUGCAGGAGUUCGUGCAAAAUGUUAUAGCGUUGUGUGUGAAAAUUCACGAAAAAAUAUGAUCAAGGCCAAGGGUCUUAAAAAGUCUCUCAUUAAGAAAGAGCUUAUACAUAAAAUAUUCAAGGACUGUGUUUUAGAAGGGAAAGAAGAUCAACCACAAACUGCUCAAUUCCUCCGAAGUUACAGACAUCGAAUGUAUAGGAUAUCGCAAACAAAGAGAAGUGUUAACCCACUAGAUACAAAAUUGUGGAUAGCACAAGAUAUGGAAAUGACAUAUUUAUAUGGAGAUUGUGAAAUUCCGGAAGAAUAA